CUCGAACCUGUUUUGGAAACACAGACUGAGUCUUGUUGCCCAUUUCUCAGGUUUUUGUUUCGUUGUUUUCUUUCUUUCCUUCGUUUGAACUGUCGAUUUUCCUUGGUGCGACUGAAAAGAGACUGCUGGACAGUUGGGGCCUGGGCUGGACACUAUACUGGUACGAUCCUUUGAAAGAAUUCUACGAUACCCAUACCGGCUGGAACGUUAUACUGGGGAGAGAACUUACAUGGUCGAUAAUCAUAAUACUUUGUCUGGACCAAACACAAUCUCGAGUAGCUAUACCCAACCUCCACCACGAUCAGCCGACACUCUUCACGACCAUAAUACAACUCACCCACAACAACCAUGCUCCUCCUCCCCUCCACCCUCCUAGCCCUCCUUCACCUCGCCCUCCCCGCCCUCUCCCACGCCUCGCCCCAACCCCCGCUCCUCUCAUCCACAGCCGACAUAUCCCUAAUACCGCGGCACACCCUCUUCCUGCGCCAACUCUCCAAUCUCCAGACCUUUGACGGCAAACUCGGCAACACGCCCGCACCCCCGAUCACCAACUCCGGGAAAGACGACCGCCCCUUUGAAGUCGAAGGAAACACAUUUCCCGAUUUCGAAACUGCAGCUCAGAGAAGUUGUGACGAGCAGUUUCAGGGCUGUAGUCGCGAGGCGAAUCGGAAUGGUGGUGGCGGGGGCAAAGAUGGGGGGCUGAAGGUUAAUGAUUGUGAUGAGCAGAAGAAUAAAUGCCUCGAUGCGCAAAAGAGUGCCAAAGUCAAGGAUUUUAAGUCUGCGGUUGCGAGUACGAAUAUUGGGCCUGAUCCAGAUUUUCCGGAGUUUGAUCUGAUUUGUGAGGGUUGAGAGAGAAAAAAACAAAGAAAGAGAGAGAGAGAUCCAGGAAGGAAGGUGGGUGUAUUUGGGGUUUGAAGCACAUGAGUAUAUAGCUCUUGGUGCUCCUACAAGGACUUGGAGUAUUUUGAUUCCCACUCAUCAUAAAUAUAUACACAUAACUACGCACAUAUUUAUAUCCAAU